AUGCGUUCUUCUAUUCAGUCCGGCCUACUGUUGGCCUCUCUUGCUGCACCUGCUGUGUCUGCUGAGCGUGUGCUAGGUGCUUAUAUCUAUGCUCGCCAUGGAGAUCGCACUGCAAAGAUCCUCGGCAACACUCAACUGACCGACUUGGGUUACCAUGAGGUCUUUGCUGCCGGUUCUUACUGGAACAAGCGCUAUGUCGCUACUGGCUCCGAUAAGCAGAUCCACGGCAUUAGUGACCCCAUUGUGGUUCCAAACCAGGUCAAUGCCAGUGCUCCAUCUGAUGCUGUGCUGCAGAACUCGGCUACCGGUUUCUUGCAGGGUAUCUAUCCUCCCGCCCAUGACUCUGCCAAUACGACUCUGGGCAACGGCACCGUCGUCGACUCGCCUUUGAAUGGAUACCAGCUGAUUCAGCUGCAGCCAAUUGCAUCGGGCUCCAACAGUGAAUCUUCUAGCUGGUUGCAGGGCUCCACUGGCUGUAAUAAGGCGACUGUGAGCAGCAACAACUACUAUUCUUCCGACUCUUAUAAUGAAAUGCUCAAGUCCACCGCGAGCUUCUACCAGUCGCUCUCACCUGUGCUGAACAGAACUUUCUCUUCCGAAGACAUGAGCUUCGAGAAUGCCUACACCAUCUAUGAUUACUUGAACGUGGGCGAUAUUCACAACUCGUCUUCCGAGUUCCCCGAAAAGACCAAGUACAUGACCGAUGAGAACAAGGUGCAGCUGCUGUCACUCGCCAGUGUUCACGAGUGGAACCUGGCCUACAACUCGUCCGACGAAGUGCGUGCCAUCAGCGGUGCGGUUGUCCUAGGUGGAAUUCUUGACAACUUCGAUCAACUCGUUAGCACUGGGGGUAAGAAGUCGAUUCUGAAUGUUCAGUUUGGUUCUUACGGAACCAUUAUGUCCUUCUUCGGCUUGAUGGAUAUGCCCGCUGCCUCAGAAAGCUUCUACGGUAUUCCUGACUACGCCUCAUCCAUGUCCUUCGAGCUUGUCACCAACGACACUUCGAGCGACUUCCCCUCAACCGAUGAUAUCAGCGUGCGCUUCUUGUUCCACAAUGCUACCAUUACUGGCUCCGACGAGCCCACUGUGUUCCGCAUGUUCGGAAAGGAGACUGACCUUCUCUCCUACAAUGAUUUCACCUCGCACAUGGAGCAGGUCGCCGUCACAUCCACCAGCAAGUGGUGCGACAUGUGCGGCAACACUGAUGGCGCCUGUGCAUCUUCCAGCACUAGCUCAACCGAGAACAAGUCAAGCACAGGCGGCUCCGGCGGUAUCUCUCGUCCUGUCGCUGGUGUUAUUGGUGCCAUGGUGACUCUCGCAGUCAUCCUGGGUCUGGAGGCUCUUUUCUUCCUGGUUGGUGGCUUCCGCCUCGCCAAGCGUAGCAAGGCUAGCCCUGAAAUGGCUACUUCAUCUAGUUUGACUUCGGAUAAGAAGGCUUAA